AGUAGGAAUAAUACUUCUUUUUAACGUUAUCAAAAAAGAAAGAAUGCAAGGAUUACACGUAAUCCGAACUAAACAACAAUAACAGGGUAAACACAAAUACAGUAUGUAAGAAAUUUUGUUUACAUGUUACUAAAAGCUGCUCAAAAACCAGACGUCAACAUGCAAUACAGAUGGAUCACAGUUUGCAACACAGUCCUGUUGAUUCUAUCUACCACUCUCCUUACCGCAGCUCUUUUCAGAAACAGUUGGUGGAAGAAUGAACAUGUUCAUGUCGGCUUACAUGGAGUUUGUGUAAAUAAAGACUAUGCGACAUCCGCUGAACGUUGUGUAAAUUUCAACGCGUUGAAAACAUUCGCAGACACGCUACCUGGUUACAUCCAGUUUUCGGACAAAGAACUGAAAGACAUUUCUUGUAUACGAGUUUCCGUGAUGAUUGGAAUAAUAACUUGCAUGUUCUCCGUAUUAUUAUCUCUUCUCAGUUGCUUCUCCUGUCGACAGAGAGAUCAAAAAGCAGGCGUGGAGAAGAACUACUUUCAACAUUUCGUCCACAUAUUAAUUUUAAUAAGUUCUGUGCUCAGAGCAAUAUCAACAGUAUGGGCAGUAAUUAAAUCCGUCAACAUUACGAAAAGUGACGAAACUUCUUUACGCCUUAGCGCCUCAUUUGCUUUGUUAUCAAUGGUCAUACUUACCUCGGUUGUAGUUACAACUUUAACUACAGUGUUGAUCAUAUUCACCUGUGCGAAAAAAUCUGACAAAGACGAUCAAGUUCAUUCAAGGAAAAUCGAGGUAGUGCUCGAACUCACUAAAAACGAUCAAGAAAUAACAACAGCUUAGUUUAUUUGGCCUAAUUUUACAUUUUGUUUUUGUCAAUACAACCAGUUAACAAUCUUGGUCGAAAUAAUUUUGGAAAAUCACCCUUCCACAUUUAAGUGUUGGUUGGAGGUCUUUUGUAGAGUCGCUAACAGUUAGGGCCAGUCAACAAAAAAUCAACAAGAGGGGCAUUCUAUGAAGAAAGCCUUAAAAGCUGUUUUUCUAUUAAUGAACACGAUUGUAGAUAAACAUCUGACUUUGUAUUAUUAAGAGUUGCUUUUAAUGGUUCGUGUAUUGAAAAAAUGUAACCGCUCUUGAUAUUUUAAAGAAAUACAUAUUUAGCCAACCUCGUUCCCAGGGCAUUUUGCCUUGUUGAAAAGUUGAUAGCGGCGAAAAGGCCCUGGAACAGGCUGGUCACAUGA